AUGGUGAAAAAGGACCUGAGGGCAGUCGACGUGAAUAGGCAGUUCAGGCGAGACGCAAGGCUUUGCGGGGUAUGGAACACCGACGAAUGGAUCGAUUCUGUCCUACCUCAUGCUGAAGAUGAAGAAGGUUGGGCAGAGCUAUGUUCAAGGACGACCCACCUCGACGAAGAUGCGGGGAAUCCGCCAGGCGAUAAUAUGAGCUCCCUGGCCGAAAUGUCAAACGCUAACAGAAACAACCAAUGA